GAGGUCACGAUGGUGGGGGAACGACGUGCUGAGGACCUCAUGGUGCCCUUGGGGCCCCGGCUGCAGGCAUAUCCUGAAGAACUCAUUCGACAGCGGCCCGGGCAUGACGGGCACCCUGAAUACCUGAUCCGCUGGAAUGUCCUCAGGCGUGGAGAGGUGGGCAGAGUGGGUGUGGAGGAAGGCAAGGCGGAGCACAUCCUCAUGUGGCUGUCCGCCCCUGAGGUCUACGCCAGCUGUCCCAGGCUGUUAGGUGAGCAGGCACGAGCCAAGGGACCCCAGAACGAACCAGCGGGGGGUUCAGGAAGCUUUCCCCGAGACCCAGGAGGCCUGGACGAAGUGGCAAUGGGAGAGAUGGAGGCUGACGUGAGGGCGCUGGUGCGCAGGGCUGCCAGGCAGCUGGCGGAAGGCGGGACCUCAAGCCUCCCAGCUGCCGUGCUGCACACCAUCCAUGUGCUCAGUGCCUAUGCCAGCAUUGGGCCCCUCACUGAGGUCUUCAGGGAGACGGGAGCCCUGGACCUGCUGAUGCACAUGUUGUGCAACCCCGAGCCUCAGAUCCGGCGGAGCGCGGGCAAGAUGCUGCAGGCUCUGGCAGCCCACGAUGCUGGGAGCCGGGCUCACGUCCUUCUGUCACUGAGCCAGCAAGAUGGCAUCGAGCAGCACAUGGAUUUUGACAGCCGCUACACUUUGCUGGAGCUGUUUGCAGAGACCACGUCCUCUGAAGAGCACUGCAUGGCCUUCGAGGGCAUUCACCUGCCUCAGAUCCCAGGGAAGCUGCUCUUCUCGCUGGUGAAACGCUACCUUUGUGUCACCUCCCUGCUGGACCAGCUGAACAGUAGUCCAGACCCAGGAGCUGCAGACCAGAGCUCCCCGUGCCCCAUGAAGCAGAAAAGCCGGGGACAGCGGGAGCUGGAGUUCAGUAUGGCUGUGGGCAGCCUCAUUUCAGAGCUGGUGCGGAGCAUGGGCUGGGCCCGGAACCUCAGUGAACAGGGCACGUUGCUGCCCCGGCCGACGCGGUCCAUUUUUCAGCCGUGCAUUUCAGGGCCUCCCCUGUUACUCCCCACCAUCGUCACCGCCCCCAGAAGGCAAGCGCAGGCCUUCCGCCAGCGCUCUGAAUUCUCCAGCCGCAGUGGCUACGGUGAGUACGUACAGCAGACACUGCAGCCGGGGAUGCGCGUGCGGAUGCUGGAUGACUAUGAGGAGAUCAGUGCCGGCGACAAGGGCGAGUUCCGGCAGAGCAACAAUGGCGUGCCUCCCGUGCAGGUCUUCUGGCAGUCGACAGGCCGUACCUACUGGGUGCACUGGCACAUGCUGGAGAUCCUGGGCCCUGAGGAGGCCACUGGGGAUUCAGCCUCAGCUGUGGAGAAGGGGACAGGAGCCACCCUCUUGGACACAGCCCUUCCUGCCUGGGACUGGAAGCCUGUGGAUGGGCCCUACUCUCUGCCGUACCUCCAGCCUGAGCCCCAGCAGAGUGAGGAGUUGGGGUACCUGACCCAGGCUGAGUGGUGGGAGCUGCUUUUCUUCAUCAAGAAGUUGGACUUAAGCGAGCAGCAGCCAAUUUUCCAGAAUAUUCAGGAGAAAGUGGAUAAGACUCUGGGUGAGAAGGCCCUGGGUGACAUCUCUGUGCCUGUAGAGAUGGCUGAGGGUCUGCUGGGCAUCCUCAGUCAUCGGCUUGAGGGCAACACCCUCAGUGACUUGCUCAGCUCCCAAGUCUACACCAAGUAUGGGCUCCUACCUGAUGAACUGAGCAGCUCCUCGUCUUCACGGAGUCACUCCUGUACCCCAGAUCCAGAAGAGGAGUCCAAGUUGGAGGCCAGCAUCUCCCAGGAAGAGGCUAAGCCCCCCCAAGCAAAGGCUGCGCUCCCUAAGGCAGAGACAGAGCCCGCCCAGCCAAAGGCUGGACCCCCCGUGGCACAGAGUGAUUCCCAGCUGUUUAACCAGCUUCUGGUGACCGAGGGCAUGGUUCUGCCGCCCGAGGUGAAGGAGGAGGCCAGUGAAAUGGCUCGAGCCUUGCGGGGUCCUGGUCCACGCAGCUCCCUGGAUCAGCAUGUGGUAGCGGUCGUGGCCACCGUGCAGAUAUCCAGUCUGGACACAAACCUGCAGCUCUCAGGGCUCUCGGCCCUCUCCCAGGCUGUGGAGGAGGCCACUGAGCAAGACCACCCCCUGGUUCGUCCUGAUCGAUCGCUGAGAGAGAAGCUCGUGAAGACCCUAGUGGAGUUGUUAACCAACCAAGUGGGAGAGAAGAUGGUGGUGGUGCUGGCUCUGCGCCUCCUCUACCUGCUCAUGACCAAGCACGAGUGGCGCCCGCUCUUUGCCAGGGAAGGUGGCAUCUACGCUGUGCUGGUUUGCAUGCAAGAAUACAAGACUUCUGUUUUAGUGCAGCAGGCAGGGCUGGCGGCACUGAAGAUGCUGGCCAUUGCCAGCUCCUCGGAGAGCCCUGCUUUCAUGACUGGCCGUGAUCCUAUCCAACCUUUGUUUGAUGCCCAGAUGACCAGAGAGAUCUUCGCCAGCAUCGACUCAGCCACACGCCCAGGCUCUGAGAGCCUGCUCCUCACUGUCCCUGCAGCUGUGGUCCUGAUGCUGAACACAGAGGGGUGCUCCUCUGCAGUGAGAAAUGGCCUGCUCCUGCUCAACCUGCUUUUGUGCAACCACCACACUCUGGGAGACCAGAUUAUAACCCAGGAACUGAGAGACACUUUGUUUAGGCUCUCAGGGAUAGCACCGGGGACAGAGCCCAUGCCUACCACACGCACCAUCCUCAUGAUGCUUCUCAAUCGCUACUCAGAGCCACUGUGCCGUCCUGAGCACACAGCACUGGAGACCCCCAGCACCCAGAGCCAGGAAGGGUCCCCUGAGCUGCUGAUUCGAUCCUUGGUUGGGGGCCCAUCUGCAGAGCUACUCCUGGACUUGGAGCGCGUGCUGUGCCGUGAGGGCAGCCCAGGGGAUGCCGUGAGGCCCCUCCUCAGGCGCCUCCAGCGGGAGACCCAGCCCUUCCUCCUGUUGCUGCGGAUGCUGGAUGCCCCUGGGCCCAACAAAUCUCUGCUGCUGACUGUGCUGAGGGCCAUGGCCCGACUGCUGGAUUACCCCGAGGCAACGGUCCUCCCCUGGCACGAGGUUUUGGAGCCCUGCCUCAACUGCCUGAGUAGCUCUGGCAGUGACUCUGAGGUUGUUCAGGAGCUGAUCUGCUUCCUGCAUCACCUGGCCUUGAUGCAUAAGGACUACGCGGUGGUGCUCUGCUGUCUGGGAGCCAAAGAGGUCCUCUCCAAAGUCCUGGACAAGCACUCGGCUCAGCUGCUGCUGGGCUGUGAGUUGCGGGACCUGGUGGCGGAGUGCGAGAAGCAUGCCCAGCUCUAUAGCAACCUCACCUCCAGCAUCCUGGCUGGCUGCAUUCAGAUGGUGCUGGGCCAGAUUGAAGACCACAGACGAACCCACCAACCCAUCAACAUCCCCUUCUUUGACGUGUUCCUCAGGCAUCUCUGCCAGGGCUCCAGUGUGGAAGUAAAAGAGGACAAGUGCUGGGAGAAGGUGGAGGUGUCCUCCAACCCACACCGGGCCAGCAAGCUGACGGACCGCAACCCCAAGACCUACUGGGAGUCCAACGGCAGCACCGGCUCCCACUUCAUCACCUUGCACAUGCACCGAGGAGUUCUUAUUAGGCAGCUGACUCUGCUGGUGGCCAGUGAGGACUCCAGUUACAUGCCAGCCCGGGUGGUGGUGUUUGGGGGCGACAGCGCCAGCUGUAUCAGCACUGAACUCAACACAGUGAAUGUGAUCCCCUCUGCCAGUCGCGUGGUCCUCCUGGAAAACUUGACCCGCUUCUGGCCCGUCAUCCAGAUUCGCAUCAAGCGCUGCCAGCAGGGCGGUAUCGACACCCGGGUUCGGGGUGUGGAGGUCCUGGGCCCCAAGCCUACGUUUUGGCCCCUGUUCCGGGAGCAGCUGUGCCGCCGUACGUGUCUCUUCUACACAAUCCGGGCACAAGCCUGGAGCAGGGACAUAGCAGAGGACCGCAAGCGCCUCCUCCAGCUCUGUCCCAGACUGAACAGGGUUUUGCGCCAUGAGCAGAAUUUUGCUGAUCGUUUCCUCCCUGAUGAUGAGGCUGCCCAAGCACUGGGAAAGACCUGCUGGGAGGCCCUGGUCAGCCCCCUGGUGCAGAACAUCACCUCCCCCGAUGCAGAAGGUGUCAGCUCCCUGGGGUGGCUGCUGGGUCAGUACUUGGAGCAGAGAGAGUGCUCUCGGAUCCCCCUGAGCCCAGCAGCAUCCUUUGCUUCUCGAGUUCGGCGCCUUUGCCACUUGCUGGUGCACGUGGAGCCGCCUCCUGGGGCUUCCCCUGAGCCAUCUGCUCGGCCCUUCAGCAAGAGCAGUAAGGGUCGAGCCCGGAGCCCUGCACCUUCAGCCGUCCUCCCAAGCAGCAGCCUGAGGAACAUAGCCCAGUGCUGGCUGAGCGUGGUGCAGGAGCAGGUCAGCAGAUUCCUGGCUGCAGCCUGGAGAGCCCCCGACUUUGUGCCGCGUUACUGUAAACUUUAUGAGCACUUGCAGAGAGCAGGCUCAGAGCUGUUUGGGUCGCGGGCAGCCUUCACGUUGGCUUUGCGCAGCGGCUUCUCUGGCGCCCUGCUGCAGCAGUCCUUCCUCACUGCCGCUCACAUAAGUGAGCAGUUUGCCAGGCACAUUGACCAGCAGAUCCAGGGUGGCCUGCUCGGUGGAGCCCCUGGAGUGGAAAAGCUGGGGCAGCUUCAGCGGCACCUGGAGCCCAUCAUGGUCCUUUCUGGGCUGGAGCUGGCCACUACCUUUGAGCACUUCUACCAACACUACAUGGCAGACCGUCUCCUGAGCUUGGGCUCCAGCUGGCUGGAGGGGGCCGUGCUGGAGCAGAUUGGCCUCUGCUUUCCCAACCGCCUCCCCCAGCUAAUGUUGCAGAGCCUGACCACCUCUGAGGAGCUGCAGCGCCAGUUCCACCUCUUCCAGCUCCGGCAGCUUGAUAAGCUGCUCUUGGAGCAGGAAGGUGAGGAGGAACAGGGCCUGGAAAAAGAGGAGGUGGAAGAGGAGGCUGAGAGAGAACUAGUUACUGAAGACCCAAGCCCACCAGCUUCUGUACUGGUGCUGUCACCACGCUGCUGGCCGGUUUCCCCGCUCUGCUAUCUGAACCAUCCCAGAAAGUGCCUUCCGGCAGAAUUCUGUGACGCGCUCGACCGCUUCUCCAGUUUCUACAGCCAGAGUCAGAGCCACCCAGUCCUGGACGUGGGACCACAUCGGCGACUGCAGUGGACGUGGCUGGGCCGGGCUGAGCUGCAGUUCGGGGACCAGACGCUGCACGUGUCCACCGUGCAGAUGUGGCUGCUGCUGAAUUUCAAUCACACGGAGGAGGUGUCUGUGGAGACCCUGCUGAGGAACUCUGACCUCUCCCCGGAGCUGCUGCUCCAGGCGCUUCUGCCCCUCACCUCUGAGGAUGGCCCUUUGAUCUUGCAUGAAGGUCAGGAUUUUCCACAGCGAGGUGUACUGCAGCUUCGUGAGCCCAGGUCCCGGCCCAGUGGGGAGGCCCUGUGGCUGAUACCUCCUCAGACGUAUCUGAACGUAGAGAAGGAUGAGGGUCGAACCCUGGAACAGAAGAGGAACCUGUUGAGCUGUCUUCUUGUCCGCAUCCUCAAAGCCCAUGGGGAAAAAGGACUCCACAUUGACCAGCUGGUUUGUCUGGUGCUGGAGGCCUGGCAGAAGGGUCCAAAUCCCCCUGGAAGCCUGGGCCGGGCUGUUGCUGGAGGUGUGGCCUGUAGCAGUACAGAUGUCCUUUCUUGCAUCCUGCACCUCCUGGGCCAAGGUUACGUGGAACGACGCGAUGACCGUCCUCAGAUCCUGAUGUAUGCCAGUCCAGAGCCCACAGGACCCUGCCGAGGUCAGGCAGAUGUCCCCUUCUGUGGCAGCCAGAGCACUGAGACCUCCAAGCCUAGCCCCGAAGCUGUGGCUGCUCUGGCAUCUCUGCAGCUGCCCACAGGCCGUACCAUGAGCCCCCAGGAGGUAGAAGGGUUGAUGGAGCAGAUGGUGCGGCAGGUGCAGGAGACGCUGAACUUAGAGCCAGAUGUGGCACAGCACCUGCUGGCUCAUUCCCACUGGGGCGCCGAGCAGCUGCUGCAGAGCUACAGUGAUGACCCUGAGCCGCUGCUGCUGGCGGCGGGGCUCUGUGUACCCCAGGCCCAAGCUGCCUCUACGCGUCCUGACCACUGCCCUGUCUGCGUGAGCCCCCUGGAGCCUGAGGACGACUUGCCCUCUCUCUGCUGCAUGCAUUACUGCUGUAAGUCCUGCUGGAGUGAGUAUCUGACGACUCGGAUCGAGCAGAACCUCGUGCUGAAUUGCACCUGCCCCAUUGCUGACUGCCCUGCCCAGCCCACAGGAGCCUUCAUUCGCGCCAUUGUCUCCACGCCGGAGGUCAUCUCCAAGUACGAGAAGGCACUCCUGCGUGGCUACGUGGAGAGCUGCUCCAAUUUGACCUGGUGCACCAACCCCCAGGGCUGUGACCGCAUCCUGUGCCGCCAGGGCCUGGGCUGUGGGACCACCUGCUCCAAGUGCGGCUGGGCCUCCUGCUUCAACUGUAGCUUCCCUGAGGCACACUAUCCUGCCAGCUGUGGCCACAUGUCUCAGUGGGUCGACGAUGGCGGCUACUACGAUGGCAUGAGCACAGAGGCCCAGAGCAAGCACCUGGCUAAGCUCAUCUCCAAGCGCUGUCCCAGCUGCCAGGCUCCCAUCGAGAAGAAUGAAGGGUGCCUGCACAUGACCUGUGCCAAAUGCAACCACGGAUUCUGCUGGCGUUGCCUCAAGGCCUGGAAGCCAACUCACAAAGACUAUUACAACUGCUCUGCCAUGGUGAGCAAAGCAGCCCGUCAGGAGAAGCGGUUUCAGGACUACAACGAGCGGUGCACUUUCCAUCACCAGGCCCGGGAGUUUGCUGUGAACUUGCGGAACCAGGUGUCUGCCAUCCACGAGGUGCCCCCGCCCAGAUCCUUCACCUUCCUCCACGAUGCCUGCCGGGGGCUUGAGCAGGCACGAAAGGUGCUGGCCUACGCCUGCGUGUACAGUUUCUACAGCCAGGACACGGAGUACAUGGACGUGGUGGAGCAGCAGACCGAGAACCUGGAGCUGCACACCAACGCCCUGCAGAUCCUCCUGGAGGAGACCCUGCUGCGGUGCCGAGACCUGGCCUCCUCCCUGCGCCUCCUGCGGGCCGAGUGCCUCAGCACGGGCAUGGAGCUGCUGCGGCGCAUCCAGGAGAGGCUGCUGGCCAUCCUGCAGCACUCCGCCCAGGAUUUCCAGGUUGGCCUCCAGAGUCCAUCAGGAGACGCCCGGGAGGCUAAAGGAUCCAAUGUGCCCAGCAACCCGCCCCAGGGCUCCUCGGGGCUGCAGGGGGAAGAGGAGGAGGAGGAGGAGGAAGACGAGGAGGACGACGUGCCCGAGUGGCAGCAGGACGAGUUUGAUGAGGAACUGGACAAUGACAGCUUCUCCUACGACGAGGAGUCUGAGAACCUGGACCGAGACACUUUCUUCUUUGGUGAUGAGGAAGAUGACGAUGAGGCCUAUGACUGAGGGGGCGGGACGCAGGAAACACCCGGAGCCGCCCCAGUGUCACCAGGCUGAGGGGACAAGUUCACCCUGUCCCGGUGUCGUGGGGGAGGGAGUCCCAGUGUUGGCAGCACCUUCUUCUGUAGCCGGAAUAAACUUCCUACUCCCUGGAGGCUGGCUGGACACCCCGCCCCACCUCCUUCCUCUCCUUAGACUCCCAGACACUUCUCCGCACAGAAGGCCCAGAGCAGAUCCCACACUGAUACAGGGAAGUGAAGGUUUGUGGGGUGCAGGGCCAGGUACAGGCCCGGCCCAGCUCCACAGUGGGCUGCAAGGGGAGCUCAGGCCCCACACCGGCUUCCUCCUCGCUCUUUCAGUGUUCUGGGGCGGGGCGGGGCAGGGCUGGGUUUGAGGGCAUCAGGAGGGGUCUUCUUCCUGGGGCCUGCAGACCUCUUACGGGACUGUGCAUCAGCCAGUGAAGUGGGGUGGGGCCUCUCCGCUGCCGCCCCCCCCCCCCCAUGCAAGUGUCAAGUUAGAAUGUCAGCUCUGUUUUCAGCUGCUUGGGGCUAAGAGGAAUGGGAGGAGAGCAGCGUCUGGGAGCAGGAGACUUUAAUCAGGUGGCAUUAAGUCAGGUGGCUGGGUCAGCGGCGGCAGCUGC